AGGAGAGCACAACUUAACCCUCAAGUCAAAAUGAGACGGUGGACGAUAAAGCUGCGAGCACAAAUCGUGUUUUUUAUCAUCGGCACCUGCAUUAUAUGCCAGUGUGGACUAAUAAACGGAGAAAUCUGCCAGAGCAAGGACAUCCGGAACAAUGUGACCAACCUCCAGUCGCUGGAGAACUGCACCAUCAUCGAGGGCCACCUGAAGAUUCUGCUCAUGUUUAAGACCAAGACUGAAGACUUCCGGGGUCUCAGCUACCCGAAGCUGCGAGUGGUGACCGACUACGUGCUGCUGUUCAGGGUCUAUGGCCUCGAGGCCCUCAGCGAUCUCUUCCCCAACCUGACAGUGAUCCGAGGAAACAACCUCUUCUUCAACUACGCCCUUGUGAUUUACGAGAUGCUGCAGCUGAAGGAGGUGGGCCUCCACAGUCUCAUGAAUAUCACCCGUGGCGCCGUGAGGAUCGAGAAGAAUCCAGACCUGUGCUACCUGGCCACCCUGGACUGGUCCAAGAUCCUGGACUCUGUGGAGGACAACUUCAUCGUGGCCAAUAAGAACGAGAGGGAGUGUGGAGAUGUGUGUCCCGGCACGGCCCAAGGUCAAACCAUCUGCCCACAGAACACCAUCAAUGGACACUUCAGGGGACGGUGCUGGUCGCAGAACCACUGCCAGAGAAUGUGCUUGGACAACUGUAAGCAUGGUGCAUGUAGCCUCCAGGGCCAGUGCUGCCAUGACCAGUGCCUGGGCGGCUGUUCUGAACCAGGUAAUGCAAGCAGCUGUGUGGCCUGCAGGAACCUCCAGCAUGGGAAUACCUGUGUGGACAAGUGUCCUCCUGGAUACUACGUCUUCAGGGGCUGGCGCUGCGUCAGCUUCUCCUUUUGCCAGGAGCUCCACAACCAGUGUAAGCAGACUAAGAAGUUGAACCAGGACCGGGAGUUGGGCUGCUACGAAUACGUCAUUCAUAACGGGGCCUGUAUUCCAGAGUGUCCUUCUGGAUACACCACUAUCAACUCCACUACGCUGACCUGUUCGCCAUGUGCAGGCCUGUGUCCCAAACUGUGUGUGGGAAAUAAGACGAUUGACUCUGUAACUUCAGCCCAGGCUUUGAGAGGCUGCACUGUUCUCCAUGGCAACAUGAUCAUCAAGAUUCGAGGAGGGAAUAACAUUGCAGCUGAAUUGGAGGCCAGUUUGGGCCAGAUUGAGGAGAUCACGGGCUACCUGACUGUUCGCAGAGCCUACGCCCUGGUCUCCCUCUCCUUCCUCCGUAAAUUACGCAUCAUUAGGGGGGAGCAUCUUGAGGGAGAUGUCCACGCCUUCUACGCGCUGGACAACCAGAACCUGCGUGAGCUGUGGGAUUGGUCCAAACACAACCUGACCAUCCAGCGUGGUCGUACGUUCUUCCACUACAACUCCAAACUUUGCAUGUCCGAAAUCAGAAAGAUGGAGGAGGUAACGGGAACCAAGGAGCGCAACCAAAAGAAUGACAUCGCUGUACGCACCAACGGGGACCAAGCCUCCUGUGAGACCAAGCUGCUGAAAUUCACCGUUAUCAAGACCACAUCAAAUAUGAUUAUGUUGAAGUGGGAGCCCUUCUGGCCCUUAGACUUUAGAGACCUGCUGGGCUUUAUGGUUCUCUACAAAGAGGCGCCAUAUAAAAAUGUGACAGAGUUUGAUGGACAGGACGCGUGUGGCUCAAACAGCUGGGCAAUUGCUGAUGUUGAUCCUCCAUCCCGUUCCACGGACAGCAAGAAGGCAGAGAACCCGGGGCACCUGAUCCGACCAUUGAAGCCCUGGACCCAGUACGCCAUUAUGAUCAAAACUCAACUGUCUGCGUCUGACGAGCACCAGGUUCAUGGAGCCAAGAGCGAGAUCAUCUACGUCCGCACCAGUGCCUCCAAGCCCUCUGUGCCUCUGGACCCCAUCUCCUCCUCCAACUCCUCCUCUCAGAUCAUCCUGAAGUGGAAGCCUCCCACCAGUCCCAAUGGCAACAUCACUCAUUACCGGGUCAUCUGUCGUAAGCAGCCUGAGGACAGCGACCUCUACAAGUUUGACUACUGCCUACAAGGAAUGAAGCUGCCGUCUCGUACCCCGACCCACCUGGACAGCGAGGAUGAGCAGAAGUGGAACCACACGGAUGAGCCCACCUCAGGGGGAAGGUGCUGUGCCUGCCCCAAGACAGACAACCAGCUGAAGAAGGAGCAGGAGGAGAUAGAGUACCGCAAGACCUUUGAGAACUACCUCCACAAUGAAGUCUUUGAGAGCAGACCAUCUCGUCGGAGACGCUCAGUGGGAGUAGCAAACGCCACCCAAACCUCUUUCCUCCUCACCACAGCCCCGAGUCUGCCAUUUGGCUCCACCACAGCUACCCCGGAAGAUGAAGACGAGGACAAGGAGGGAUCCAAGGUGGAACUGAAGGUGUUCUCAAAGGAGUCGACAGUCAUCUCCAACCUGCACCACUUUACCAGUUAUAAGAUCGAGAUCAUGGCCUGCAACCACCCGACAGACCUCAAACGCUGCAGCAUGGCUACUUAUGUCAGUGCUCGAACUAUGCCAGAGGAGAAAGCAGACGACAUCCCAGGCCCCGUGACCCACGAGAUAGUAACUGCCGAGCCUCCCUACGUUUUGAUUAGAUGGAACGCCCCUCGAUCCCCAAACGGCCUCAUCAUCUUGUAUGAGGUCUUCUACAGGAAGGUUGGAGACACAGAGGUUCACACAGCUUGUGUGUCACGGCCGGCCUACCUCAAGUCAGGUGGCACGAAGCUUUCGCUUGUGCAACCGGGAAACUACAGCGUGAGGGUCCGCGCCACCUCCUUGGCUGGAAAUGGCUCCUUUACCGAAACCACUUACUUCUUCAUGCCCAACCCGGAUCCAGGUUUAAUUUGGAUUGUGAUUGGUCCAGUCAUCUGCUUCAUCCUGCUGCUGUUCGUGGGGGGCGGAGUCUUUGUGAUCUUCAAGAAGAGGCAAACAGAAGGCCCGACAGGACCUCUUAUUGCCUCCUCAAACCCUGAGUACCUCAGCGCCAAUGAUGUGUAUGUUCCUGACGAGUGGGAGGUGCCCCGGGAGAAGAUCACGGUGCUCAGAGAGCUGGGUCAGGGCUCCUUCGGCAUGGUGUACGAGGGAAUCGCCAAGGACAUCGUCAAAGGGGACCCGGACACGCGCGUAGCCGUCAAGACGGUCAAUGAAUCGGCCAGCCUGCGCGAGAGGAUCGAGUUCCUCAACGAAGCCUCCGUCAUGAAGGCUUUCAGCUGUCACCACGUGGUACGUCUGUUAGGUGUUGUGUCCAAGGGUCAGCCCACUCUGGUAGUGAUGGAGCUGAUGACCCACGGUGACCUGAAGAGCUACCUGCGUAGUCUCAGGCCGGACUCUGAGAACAACCCAUCAGGCCGUCCACCACCUACGCUGAAGGAGAUGAUCCAGAUGGCUGCAGAAAUUGCAGACGGCAUGGCCUACCUCAACGCCAAGAAGUUUGUCCACAGAGACCUGGCAGCCAGGAACUGCAUGGUGGCAGAGGACUUCACCGUCAAGAUUGGAGAUUUCGGUAUGACUCGAGACAUUUACGAGACUGACUACUACCGUAAAGGAGGGAAAGGCCUGCUUCCUGUCAGGUGGAUGGCUCCGGAGUCUCUGAAGGACGGAGUCUUCACUGCCCACUCUGACUGCUGGUCGUUUGGCGUCGUGCUGUGGGAGAUCAGCACGCUAGCAGAGCAGCCUUACCAGGGUUUAUCCAACGAGCAGGUUCUAAAGUUUGUCAUGGAUGGAGGAUACCUGGACCGGCCAGACAACUGCCCCGAGAGAAUGCACAGCCUAAUGCAGAUGUGCUGGCAGUACAACCCCAAGAUGCGGCCGAUGUUCCACGAGAUCAUUGAGAUGCUGCGGGAGGACCUGCACCCGUCUUUCCAGGAGGUCUCCUUCUUCUACAGCGAGGAGAACAAAGUCCCCGAGACGGAGGAGUUCGACCUGGACCUGGACAACAUGGAGAGCAUCCCCCUGGACCCGUCGUCGUACUCCCAGAGAGAGGAGAGCUUAGGCAGGGACAGCGGGCCCUCAGUGGCCCUCAGGGGGAACUAUGAGGAGCAUGUCCCCUACACACACAUGAACGGUGGCAAGAAAAACGGACGAAUCUUAUCGUUGCCCAGAUCCAGCCCUUCCUAACAUUUCCUGUUUCCUUAAAGAACUUGUUUAACCUGUCCCCCUUUCCCCUUCCCAUCCUUUUUUCUCUUCCAGUGCAUUUUUUUUUCUGCAUCCUUCAUGUUCCUCAUCAUUUUCUAAUGAUUUUCUUAUUCUUGGAGAAGCCCUUCAAAAAAAAACACCCCACAGAUCUCAGGACUUUUUAUUUUCUUCCUCAUGGCUGCCAAACACAGGCAAGCAAGGGAUGCAAACAUCGUGUAACACUUUUUUUUUUUACUUCCUCCACAACACAUCGGACCUUCUAUUACCGUAUUACCUAUCUAUUGUUUUUCACUAUUGCCAUGUUUCCAGGACUCCUUGUGAUGGAAACAGAAAAAAAACUGUGAACACAACAAACCUUAGACAACCAAGAAGGCUGCUUAUGCUCAACCUCCUCGAGACUUGCCCCUCCUCUUCUCCCCACCAAUCUGCAUUUCCACAUUUCUGUGCUUUGUUUUUCCUCCAAGUGAAAUCUUGUUACUCAGAUAGUGGCCUUUUUGUAUGUGGCCUAUAAACAAAGAGAAGUGUCUAUCAGCGCUUACACUAAUUUCCUUUUGAACAAUGACUUAAUCAGUUUGGAACGGUGGGAUGACUUGCAAAGACUUGAUCCUAGAACAAACAUCUAUUCCUAGAGGAAUGUUUUUCUUUUUGUUUUGUUGUUGUUGUUUUUUUGUUUUUUUGGUUCUGCAGAAUUCCAAACUACACACAGAUUCAUCGGGUGUUUGGUGAAUAGUUUUAAUUUAUUUGCUUUUAUUGUUAUUUUCUCUUCUUUUCUUUCUCAGUUUUAUUUCUGUGUCCUCACUAUAUGGCUGAAGGAUAUUUAAACAGUUAAGAAUUGGACAAAAGAGUUCCUCAGACUGACCAAUAGCUGCUGCUUUGAUAUAUUUUAGUGGGUAUAGAAAUAUAUAUAUAUAAAUAUAUAUAAUAUAUAUAGUAUAUAUGGAAUAUUGGUAUUUAUGUACCAAUAUUUUAUAUAUAAUAUAUGACAUUGAUGCUUUUGUAAAUAGUUCAUAUUUGUAAUAUUUUUCAUCAGAAGCUUUGCUAGUAUUUUGUUUUGCCAGGUUUUUUCUUUCUGGAUUUUUAAUUUCCUUAUUUUUAUAGCCCCAGAAAUCACACUAAUCUACCAUCAGUGCUCUCUGUGUCUUAGGCCUCCAGUCCCCUCUUUGAGUACUCUUCUCCGUCUGGAUGGGAAAGAAGAAGCCCCAAAAUAUUGUCAACUCACUGCAUCUUUUUUUUGUUUGUUUGUUUGGUUUUAGAAACCUCGUUUCCACUGAGAGCUGUCAAUAUUUGGAGGCAACUUUACUGCAACAGGGGAAAAAAAAAAAAAAAAAUGGAAUAACCAAAAAAAAAAAGCUUUAUCAAAGGGGAAUGAGGUCUUUCUAGGUGGAAGUGCACCUGAUGUGUGUUUGUCUCUGUGUCUGCUGUCUCUCUCCGGUCAGAUCACGCUGGAGCUGAGGUCUUUAUGUGUUUGUUAGCACAGGUUUAUUAUGUCGUUCACGUGAUUGGUGCUGGUUGUCCGAUUCGUCGUUAGCUGUCAGUGAGGUUGGAGAAUGCUGAGAGCUUGUCCUGGUGCCUGGUAAUUGUACUUCCUAUGUUAGUGUAACAGUGAUGGCUUUUCACUCGUGUCGGUGCUGCUCGGAUGAGGGCAGGGCAGGGAAUUAACACCAGCUCUCAGCCGAACGCAGGCGAAGAGGGCGAUGAGGCAGUUUUUGGAAAAAAAAAAAAUCUUUUUGUCUUUAGCUGUAAAAGCCCUAAUAGCUUAAAUGGGUGUAGCAUCCCCUUCCCAUCUGAACUGAGAUCUGGCACAGUUCAGGACCCUCGAUGCUUGAUGGAAGGUUUUUAUUAAAAUCACGCAUUACGCUCCCCUCUCGUACUGUUAGGUCUGCUCUGCACCACACGCACCUCCUGCAUGCUCUCCCUCCUCAGCCUUCCUGAGGCUUCCCAUUGGCUGCUGAACUCACUGCUCAAAAUCAGGCUGUUGGAAAUUUCCAACAGAUUGUGGUGGAGGGCUGGAGAGAAAUACGGAAAGUUCCAACUGUAUUCAGAGUCCACAGCAGGUAGUGGAGAGAGAGGCAGUCUCUCUAUCUUUCAGUGUGUCUGGGAGAGAGAGGCAGUGUGUGAGUGAUUGUUAAUCCUAUUAUUCUCUCUGCUAUCACAUGCAGUUAGGCAGUCAGGACACAGUGUGCAGCAGCUAUUUCACUCAGGUCUGACAUUCCAGGAUUUAGUUGGAACUGCUCGUUCCCUCGUACCCGCCACUCCCCUGUUUUGCCCGCCGCUGGCAACGCUGAUACCAUCACCGCACCCCAUCAGAUUCAGAAAGCACACAUGAAACACUUUCUCAUUUUCCACCUCUUAACAAUUGAACAUCUGAAGUUUGUCCCUUCUGCCGGGAAUAAAAAACAUUCCUGUCAACUGUGACCUUACAAAGGUCCUGAAAAGUUCUCCUAACAGAUUAUUAAUUCACUAAGACCUUCAUCCAGAGCCUAAAGGCCGUCAGAGUUUCACUCUCUAACUCCAGCAGUGGAUGACACGGGAAGUGACAGUCAGCAGACGAGCAGUUUUUUGUUUUUUUUUCUGGACAUGCAGACCGGUGUGGUUGCCAAUCGAGCAGCAUUCAGCACUUAUAGUAUAGCCAAAGUGUUGGCAGCUUUCUGUCAACGAUGAGAACCCACAGAAUCAGAGUCAGAGAAAGCAGAGAAGCUGCCUCCAUAUUUUACCAGUGCCUUCUCAAACCCAGAGCCACGUCCAGGCUAGUUAUAUUGGCUAGUAACACACACACGCACACACACAUUCACAGGCCUCUCUCUGGUUUUUCUCACGAGGCGGGAGAGGCACCGAAAUCGAAGCUGCAUCUACAUUUGUGUUUGUAGGGUUGCGACUUUGGUCUUCGCCGGAAGAGAAGGAAUUCUUCGGGGCAAUUUUGAUUUUUUUUUUUUUUUAUUUUAAUCAUUUUUUUCCUUUUCAGCUUGUUGCCAGCGUUAAGGUUCGAACACUAAUGUUCACCUCGUGCUUUAGCGGUGACACUGUGGAUUGGCCAGAGUCUGUGCUGUCGGCACUCAGAGGCGCCUGAGGUUAUGAUGUAGAUGUUAGCUAAUUAUUCUGAGGAGUUACAAUCUUGGGCUUUUGUAUUUUGUAAAUAAUCUGUGACAUAGUUUGGAAAAUAAAAGCAGAAAAAAAAGAUAUAUAAAAAAAAUCUGAUGCCCGUCAGUUUUGCGUACAUGACAGAAACAUGGUGGAGCUCAGCUGUGUCGCAGUUCCACACUAUAUACUAAUACAACGUUCAUAUCUUCAUAGAAUACUGUUUGGGCAGUUGGUACACAUUUGUACCUUGAGUGUGCUUAAUUUUCCAGUAUAAAUACACUAAAUACCGUCAGAAUUAGUGUGUAAUAUGGAAGUGGGACAUAGCUCUUUUCUCCACCUUGACUUAGGUUGCUUAUCUUGUGGUGGUGUUCACACGCAUAUGCAAUUUUUAAUUAAGAUGGUGCCCAUAUCUUUGAAAUACCAGAUAUUUAUUUUGUUAUGAUCAUUGUCAUUGUAUGAGAAGAACACAGUUAGCUUUUUAGUCGAGCAUUUUUAAGGUGUUUGAGAGCGGAGCGAUGUAAAAGCCUAGUUUGUAAUUGUACAGGUGGAGUAGCUGGUGGUGAGCAGCAGGAGUGCUAGUUAGUUAGUUAGUUAGUUAGUUAGUAAGUAAUUGUCGUCGUCUUUGUGUUUGGCCAGAGUCUACCUCAGUGCAUAUGGAGGAAUCAGUCUAAAGAGCCUAAAUCAUCCCCUGUCACUCAGUAUCCCAUCAUUUCAAAUAUUAUCUCUUUAUCAUACAUUACCAACACUGCUGAUGAAUUCCUUUCCCCUGUAGUGUGUUAAGCCCCUCUGCCUCUCUAAGUAGUAGCGGCUCACCUGGUUUCUGGUGAUGUGACAUUAGCAUGAGUCAAAAAUAAAACAGUCUCUUGACUCUGUGCAUAUCUGUGAUCGUCUACAGCCAAGGCUAACCAAGCUCAGCCCUGGACCCUCAUGCUUUUUUUUAAUCACAUCUAGACUAAACCUGUCAUCUGGCAGGAAGCCCUACUCUUCUUCUUCUUCUUCUUCUUCUUCUUCUUCUUCUUCUUCUUCUUCCGUCUGUCAGUCUGUCUCUUUAUGGUCAAAACAGUUAGCUUUCAAAUCCCACGUCUCCUCCAGUCGUUGUCUGUUUAUUUGUCUGUUUCUCUGUUCUGAUUUUUGUUUUGCAUGUAUAUUUUUUCUACUGUGAAUAUCAAGAGAUAACCUUUAUUUUCUGUCAAUGCCAUGGAUUGGGUCUGUUUUGGCUGAUCAGGACACUGACGUCUGGGCUGGUUAAAAAGUUUUAAAGAGGAGGACCCCCCACCCCCUCUGCAAAGGAAAAAAAAGCUGGACUGGGACAAUCCUGUGUGCCAUAAUAACUAUUAACAGACAUGAAAUCUAGAUUGUAACUUUUUCGUCUCAGGGAGGCGGCCUGAUGCUUUGUGGUUGGAGGAUAAAGAGGAUGAGGAGGAAGAAGAGUGACCUACCUACCUUUUAUCUACUCUGACUGAAGCGCAAGUUCUCAGCAUCCUUGCAAAAAGCAAAAUGGAGAUGAUAAGCCCAAGGACAAGUUUUCAACAACAAAAACCCAAACGCCCUUUUUCAAAAAAAUCUGAAAUCUCUCUGCCGCUUUGAAGAUAAUCAGGAAUCCUCCUCUCUCCUUCUGACAUGAAGUGGUCUGGACUGCCCUCUAGCGGUUGGAUGGGAGUGUUGCAGGUCAUGGGUGGCAAAGCAAACAGGGCCCCCGACCCAUAGUGCCUUGCUCAGACUAACGGCCCACCUGACCCCUCCCACCCAGUCCACACCCCCUCAGAGCAGACCAGCCACCGACUGGCUCGUCUCCACCAAUCACUAAAGAGGAUUUUCCACCUCCAAACAUGAAAUGAAAACACAGGAAUGGUGUUUGUAUGUAUGCUGUGUUCUUUAGUUGCAGAGAAACAUUUUCUGUCUGCGUGGUGGGAAAUACUGUAAUUUGGAUAUUUGAUUUUUACCCAAAAAAAAAGGAAGAAAAGUUGAACUUGUGUCUCAGCUCCGCUAAGCUCUGGCUUGCUUUGUGCAUGGAAAAUGAAUUAUCUAAACCAGCGGAUAGCUUGAUAAUUUGAUGCUUACUGAUUUUGCUUCUCAUCAGUCUGUUUUGACAGCGACGCCCCAAAGCACAUGCAAAAACCCAUGAUUAGCAACAAGUGAUUGCAUUACAGGUGGAAAUGCAUUUAGCUGUUCCAUGAUUUACAAGAAACGAACUGAUUAAUAAGCUCUUUACUGUAAAUAGCAGCAGAUCCCCCUCGGUCCCUGAAAAAUGAAAGCACUUGACUUUAGGGAAGUUUAGGUUUGUUUUGUUGAACUCUGAUGACCUAAAAAGCGGUUGGACAGAGCAUGCUCGUAACGCAGCGCAGGGUGAGAACAAAGCAUUGUAUGUAUUAUUGUUUUGUUUUAAAGAAAAGAAAAAAGUAUUACAUUUUAGAGAUGUUGAUUUCUAUUUUUUUUAGCCAAAGUAUGGAGGGCAAAUACAAUUACUUUUUCUGACUGUAAACUUUUACUACUCUUGUACAUUAUGAAUUUAGCAUUGUUAUCAAUGUGUAUAUAACUUUUUUCUAAAUUUAAAAAGAUAGAUGUUCUGUUUUUUUGUUGCUUUUCAUGACACAACCCACUACACAGAAAAGAGCAGAGUCGAGUCUGUCGAUGUAUUUAACAGGAGCAGCACAACUCCGGUCUGAGGGCUUAACCCUUUGUAAUGAGACAUGAACAGUAGGUGGCCUGAGACGUUUCGCAGUGAACCCCGCUCUUAAUCCGAUGCAUGCUCCGAAUGUUGGCCGACAGGACGCCGUGCAUUUCAGCCACCCCACCCAGUCACAGCCGCAUGUCACCCAUAAAGCCUUUCUCGUGUCACCUGUCGCAGAUGUUGUUUGAAAUGUAUGAAAUUGUUUCCAACAAGAGACGCGUGUUUAGUUUGCAAAUGUGUUUUUUGUUUUUUUUUUAUGUGAAAAACUGGAAAAGACCACUGCACAUCCUUUUGAAGAAGGGGAAACAUGAGUGAUAAAAUCCUGAAUAAGCUAAAACAAAAAGCAAACUUUACUGAUGGUUCGACAACCAUUCAUCUUUAAGUUUAGACUGUAAAGCUGGAGGUGUUUGGCAGUUUGGGAAAUACGCUUACUUGCUUCGUUGCGGAGAGCGAGAUGAGAAGAUGGAAGUGAAAAGGCUGCAUCCGGUUAGCUUUAGCUUAGCAGAAAGACGAGAAACUAGCAAAUAGCUAGCCUGAGUCUGUCCAACAGUAACAGAAUCUACCCACCAGCACUUUGAAAUCUCACCAUUCUUCUAAUAUUUGUGCAAAGCACUGUGUAAAAAUGACAAUUUGCUAUUUAACGGGGGUGAUCUGCAAGACCAGUUCUUGACUAAGAGCCAUAACUUCCUGGUGUUCCCACUGGUUGCCUGGCAACGGGUCCUGGCCUUGAAAUGGUCCAGCUCGUAACUUGAAAUUGUGUUUUUAAACUUUGUACAAAUUAAACAAACAAGAUACAACAUGUGAAUUAGUUGGCUUUAGAGGUGUUGCUAGGCAGAUUUAGUUAACCACUGGACAAAGCCAGGCUAGCUGUGUCCCCCCUGUGCUACGCUAAGCUAACCAGCUGUAGCCUUAUACAUAAUAAACAGAUAUCAUCCAGCUUUAACUUGACAGUAUUUCCCAAAGUGUCAAACUGUUCCUUUAAAGGAGGCUCAGCAUCAAGGUGAAACACUUUCAGCUAUAAAAGAAUAAAGUACUGUCUGUCAGUAGUGUGAUGAUGAACUGUUCAUAUUUGUGUUAUUGAUUAGGGAGAGAUACGCCAUUGUUUCAGAUAGACAGUGGGGGCGUUGCAGGUGUUGUGACCCUGUUUGUUAGAUGACAAAUCAGAGGAAAGGUAGCCUCUUCUUAAGAGUCAUCUGUCGGUCCAGUGGUCUGCUCCAGUUUACACACCAAUACCUUCUAUUUAUCUCUGUCCUGUUCCCUGUGCUGUACAUUGUUUAAAUUAAUGGAGUUGUGUCUGUGUUGUCCUUGGUUGAAGUCUUUACCACAGCUUUCUUUGUCUCUGAUCGCUGCUCCUCUUCCUCCUCUCUGCGUCCUUCAAGUCUCUCUCCUCAGUGCACAUAGGUGGUCCCCCGAAUGCUGUGUGUAGUCUUGCAGGAUACCUCCUUUAUUAAUGUCAUAUAUUGCCGAUGAAUAUGCUGAUGUAUUAAUUUUUGGGAUAUGUUGUGUAUACAUUAUGUUGAGACAUCGGUGCAUAUGCAGACAGCAGGUGUAUAUGUGUGUAUGUACAGUUCAAACCCCAAACCCGCAACCCACGGAGAUCGCUUCAUCCCUCACACUGGAUCCAAAUGUGCCAUUAUCUUUAUGUAUCACAUAUAUCAACAUAUUGAACACACACACACACACAGAAAUACAUGCAUAUUGUACAGGAUCAAAAAUGUGCCAUGACUAAAUGAACGCUUGACAAUUUAUUUUUUCUAUGUUUCAAAGGAGAGCCAAGUAGUGACAUGUACAGAAAAUGUUGCAAUGAUAUGAAAAUAAAAAUCUUGCUGUGUGUAAAUUAUUCAACAAUUAACUGUUUAUAUUAAAAUUAUGAAUAAAAUUAUUGGAGAAUA